GGUUCAGCUUCAGACACACUCUAAACUAUCUCUCUGUCUCGCUCGCUCUCGCACAACGGCAGGCUAAGGCUAAGCAGCAGCAGCUAAAGCAUUCCGCUCAGUCAGCAUCACUGACAGUCAGCGCUUUGUUAGUCGGAGAGGGCAACAACAACAACAGUUACACUCGCGUACGCAUAACGGUUACAAUUUUCGAAAAAUUUUCGUGUUGUGCUUGCGGAUUUCUCUGCGUCUGUGUGUGCGCGUGUGUGUGCGUCUUGAUUGUUGUUCUUCUUCUUCGUCUUCUUCUUUUUUUUUGCUGUGCCAAAGCCCAAGGUGUUUGCAUCUGCAUAACUCAGCGACGUCCAGCCGACUGAGCCAGACGAAAGUCGAAUGUUUUGAAAUUAUUUUCGAAAGCAAAACCAAAACAAAAAGAAAAAAGAAAAAUCUAAGUAAACAAGUGUCAAAGCUGUGAGCAAAGGCAGCAAAUAGCCCAACGACAACAGAAACAACAAGUUGAGAAGAUACAAAGCACAUAUUAACAUACAUAAGUGAUUGUAUACGUCGACGGAGCAGAGAGGCCAGGCAAGAUGCGUCGCUCCUCGUUCACGCCCGUGUUCAACCUGAGCACCCAAGAGCCGCUGAUAGUCGUCGAGGAGUCGCACGCCGUCGAGGACGGCGAGGAGCUGGAGGGCGCUGCCGGCGGCUGCGAUCCCAGCACCAGCAAGCGCAGCAACAGCGACGACUCGGAGCCGGACUCGCCGGUCAACCCGUACCUGCUGUGCCCCUUCCCCGACAUGCAGCAGCGGCGCAAGCACUCGCUGCCCUCGCUGCAAAUCACUGAGGGCAUCACCGCCAGCCAGGUGCGCCGGCUGUCCGAGGUGGGCGGCGAAACGGGCGGCCUCAGCCCCAAGGAAGUCGAGUUUUUGGCCACGCUCUCGCAGAAGACCAACCCGACCGCAGGCGGACGCCGCCAUUCCGUGGUCACCAUAUCGGCAGUGCCGCCCACGCUUUUCGGACGCAAUCGGCGCGAGUCUAUUUCCGCCGUCUCCUUCAGCGGAAGUCGUCGUGGCAGCGGCAUCGGCGGCAUCGGUGGCCCGCCGCUGACCGAUCAUCGCGGCAGCAUACACAACUUGCAGCUGGACAUCAUGGACGGGAUCGUGCAGCAGCGCAAGACGCGCAGCGGCAGCGGAGUCUGGACGGCACCCGUGCUCCAGGAGGCGGACAGCAACGUGCCCGUUCAGACAUAAGCGGCGCAAGCGCUCGAAAUUCAGUGCGAAACAAAUUCACGGGCAACUGGACAAUUGACAUGAGCGCAGGCUGUUUAAUAAUUCGUUCUUAUCGACUCCUCCCACACACACAUACACGCACACACAGACACACAGAAACCCAGCCCCCCUCCAAAAUAACAGCACAUCCAGAGCUGCUCGCUCUCAUUCCCUCCAUUUGUAUCUGUCACCAAAGUGCAAAAAAUUCAAUAUUUGUUGUUCGUGUUGUUGUUGUUUUUUUUUUUUUUUUUUUUGCUGCGACAACGCAUAGGAAAAUCAACAAACAAACCGCAAUUGUCAAAAUGAAAAUGAAAAUGGCAGCCGCAUCACGUAAACGUUGAAAAUGAAACUGCGGCAGGAAGCGAGAAACAGAGGCAGAGAGAAAGAGAGAGGCAGAUAUAGAGACAGCGACAGAGAGAAGGAGAAAGGGAGCCAAGGAGAGUAAGACAGAAGGGCAGGGCGAGGUAGACGUAGAGUGAGAGCAGAAUUCGAAGGACAGGGCCAGGGGGAAAACAGCCAAAGCAAUGCAGCAAUGAAGCCUGCCAACGACACAACCCGACUAUUAGAUACCCAUUCAGUAACCAAUUGACAUCAAUUAUUAUCUAUAUUAGCAGUCAAUCAGUUAGCAAAUGUUGGUUUUAAAGUAAACCUUCCAUUAAGUAUCCUGGAUAUUGUAUCCAUAUUUGGGAAGUCCUAUCAAUACUUCCCACCCAACAGUUCCGCCUUUUUUGCCAGCCAAAUUAGUCAACACCUCAAUAAAAAUAAGCAAGGACAGCAUCUGACUUGGAGUAGUCUAAUCCUAAGAAAUAUCUAUCGAGAUCUGUCGACUCGAAUUCACAUUUCUUCUCCCAACAUAGAGAGAGAGGGAGACAGUCUCAUAGGCAAAUAGUUCUGCCCCCGUCAAAGGAAAUAAACAAGAACAGUAUUCGACUAGGAUAUACCCGAACUAGCGCUCUUAUUGCUGCAGAUUCUCUCACUCAGUAAUUUGAACUUCAUUAAUCAUGCAUCUAAGGAGAAACUAAAUUCCACGAAAGCAAUUAGUCAGUCAACUCUAGGUAUUCAUGAUUGGGAAGACCCAUCCAGUGGAAUUCCUCACUCAAAUCAGGUACAUAUUUUCAAACAAAGCAAAUGGGCAUGGGAAGUAUCCCCAACUAAGACAGAUAUUGCUGCCGUUAUGCGAUCUCUCUCCAUGCACCACUUGCACCACAUCGUCACCACCUGGGUAGAAGCAAUUCGCAACGUUUGCCAUAUCAAUGAAAAACUGAAAACAACUGCAGCAAUUAGCAAUUCCCAUUAAAGGGACAGCAACGUGUCGCGCGAGUUGUUCCGCGCAGUUUGAUUUGCAGGCGAAGUUUGGCAAUUUUUAGCGACAGCAACUGCUCCACUUCCAGUUCACUUCCCAAGCCCGAGCACUCCAAGUAGACGUUGAUUUGCAAUUGAAGCUGCUGUUUACCGUUUGCCGUUUGCUGUUUGCUGAUUGGUGGCACUAAUUGCCCGCUCCAUGCGCCCUUGAAUGGCAACUGGAGUCGUUUAGGAUUUAGAACUGUGACACGAGUUCGCAAUGUGCACAGCCUCGACACAGCAGACUCCAAGGACGCAACAGUUCAAGGACAUCUAUAUACAAAAAUAUUUGUAUACAUAUAUAUAGAAGCGGACACACUUGAAUACAUUGUAAGACAUACGCAGUUGCAUUUCAUGGUCGGCUGCUGCACGUGGCCCACAAGGCCCACAUGGCGUACCAGUUGUAUGGGGACAAGGCCUCAAUGCCAAUGCCAAAGCCGAAUGCCGAAUGCGAAUGCGAAUGCGAAUGCGAAUGUCGCUCUUAAUGGACAACGCUGUUCGCGCUGAUAAACCACUCAACCAGGCAGACACCCAGCCCAACCACUCUGUCAGCCAGCCCAACCACUCAUCCAUCUGCAUUCAGCAAAGCCAGCCUCAGCCUCAUUUGCAGCCCAAUAAAGCUAAUUUCAUGUGGGCGAACUGCCGUUAAUUGAAAUAUGUGUUGGCUCCCAUUGCUCUCUCUCCCUCUCUCUGUCUCUGUCUGACUAAUUACGACAAUCAAAAUGCAAUUUCAAUUGGCAAAUCUCUGUCUCCACCUCUCUCUCCCUCGCUCUCGCUCGUGCCACAUCAAUUUCUUUUUGACAAUUGAUAGACCUCUCUGAAUUUAUUCAUUAAUUGCAAACAUUAUGCAAAUAUUUAUAAUUUAUAUUCAUUAUUGAUUCGACAACACUUACAGCUCUCAUUCAAAAUAAUACUCAAAAGUAAUUCCAUAGUAAUUAUAAAAUGACAAACUAAUUCUCUUUAAUAAUGUAGAGGGAAAAUAUUUGUGCAGGUUGCUCUGUCGGCAGUAUCCGACUGCCGAAUACUCCUCCUAGUUUCAUUUGAGUUUGGAAUUGAGAAUUGUUAGCGUAUGUGUGAGUCGGCGCAUUUAUCGGCUGUGUUGUUGUUGCUCAAUAAUCAGACAGCCCGGACAGAAACCACAAUUGAAAUAACCACCGCUUGAGAACCCACCAGGUAAACUUAACAUAUGAGACUCUAUGCCACUCUCUCAAUCAAAAUCUCUCGCACUUUUGAAACGGGUCCUUCACUCACACAUACAUACAUGCACACAUACACAUGCACACCACCAAAUAGCAAGCAAAACACUUGCAGUAAUUUUGUAGCCUCAGGUGUUUGUUUCAAUUCCGAAACGAAACGCCAAACAUAUAUACAUACAUAUAUACCUAAUAAGAGAAUAACAAAGCUAAUGAAAACGAGUUGACAGACGGCAAAAAAAAAAAAAAGAAAAGAAAAACGAGAGUUGAACAGAAAUUGUAAUAAUUAAAAGAAAACAAAAAAUGAAUUGAAAAUUGAAAAUUGAAAUUUGUGGCAUCUAAUGGAAUGCAAAAGUAUUUAGCAAUUCUGUUUGGCAUAUCACAAAUCGGUAUCUGUGUACUUUCCCGUAAUAAUUAAUAAUUGUAAUCGUAAUGCUACAAAUAGCGCAGCAAGUUGGAAGAAGAAGAACCCUUAAAGUGUGUUAUUAACGUUUUAUUAGAGCGUAGCAAGUUGUGAGUCUGUUCACAAAGCAAACAUAAAAAAAUAAA